CCCCCCCCCCCCCCCCCCCCCCGGGGCUUUCAGCCAUGUUUUUCCGCGGCCUUGACCGCGUUAUUUUCCCCAAAAUUUGAACUUUCCUGGUGUUUGCUUCUUUUGGGGGUGUGGAAGAGCUCGAAUAUUUCUGUUCGGAAUAUUUGGUUUCUUGACCGAAACCCUGGCGGUGGAAGAUGGAUGCCAACAAGGACAAAGGGAAUGACAAGGUGCAUUUGAGGGAUUGGUCGUCCCUGGAGGCUCUGCGCACAUACAAGAGACGCCGUCAGCCAGAGCCAGAGCCAGAGCCAGAGCCUGAGCCUGAGCCAGAGCCCAAUCCCGUGGAUGUGCGGGAGCAGCAGGUUACUGACACUUUCUGGAAAAGUAGGGAUAUUGGAUGGAAGCACGGGAUAAUGAUUGAUGAAAACAGACAACACUGGAAGUGUAUGUAUUGUCACCUGACUAGGUAUGGUGGUGGUGUGUCUAGACUCAAACGGCAUCUUGCUGGUGAUUUGGAUGUCAAAAUGUGCCCAAAGGUUCCAGCAGAAGUUUCUGAAAAUAUUAGGGAACAUUUGCAGAAGAAAAGAAAGAGACGAAAGCAGCGAGCUGCUCAGAAUGGUGUCAACAGUGUGACCAGGAGCUUUGCUGAUGAUACCAAGACUGAGAAGGAUCCUGUAUCUGUUGAUUUAGAGGUGCCAACUCGAAUAGACACUUACAUUCUUGAAGAAGGCACUAACCUGACGAAUGCGGAUCAUCAGGAGCCUACCAUUUUUAGGCCUCCCUUGUUGCUACGAGGGGUAAGGGAUAUUGGAUGGGAGCAUGCGGUGGAUCUUGAUGGAAAUAAAAAACGGUGGCAGUGCAAGUGGUGUGAUUUAUGUCGAAGUGGUGGGGUAACUACAUUGAAGGCUCAUCUUACUGACAGCAGCUGCCCGAAAAUUCCAACGGAAAUGUCAAAGCAAGUGUUGCACUUCGUUGAAGAGAAAAGAGCAGCACGGCAACUUUUUAAUAGGGACCCAUGGCCCCCUUACAAGAAAAUUGAUGGGGCUAGUCUUUUUUGCUCAGAAGGGAAAGAGGAGGGGCUUGUAUCAUGUAAGACUGGUCAGCAACCUUCAAAUAAUGGUAUGCAUAUGCAAACAUCAGGGAAUUGCACUAUUGAUGAGUUUGUUUUCUUUGAGAAGUUGUCAGCUCGGAGCAACCAGUGUGGUACAGAACAUAGUGGCCAACCAGUUGAGGAUUAUGAACAGUCAAAGAAAGGCAGUGAUUGGGUGAAGGAGCAGUUGCCAAUCGAGAAUGGCAAGCACCACAUUGUUGACAAGAACAACGGGAAUCCACAAAACAGAGAGAAGUUGAACUUAGAGUGUGAUAAUUCAAUACAAGGUGGCGUAACUGCAUUGAAGGCUCAUCUUACUGGAUCAGAAGAGGAAGGGACUGUACCAUGUAAGAAUGAUCAGCAACCUUCAAAUAGUGGUGUGCAUAUGCAAACAUCGGAGAAGUGCGCUAUUGAUGAGUUGGCAGCUCGAAGUAACCAAUGCAGUAAAAGACAUAGUGACCAACCAGUUGAGAAUUAUGAACAGCCAAAGAAAAGCAAUGAUCAGCGAGAGGAGCAGUUGCCAGUGGAUCCUGGAAAGCAGCAUGUACUAAACAAUGAGCAUCAGACUCUGGACAAAAACACUGAUAUUUCACGAAAUAAAGAGAUAUUGAAACAUCCUCGGAAGACCAGGUUUAACUUACGGAGACAUAUUGCUAUCAUUGAUGAAAUUGCAAGGCAUUGGAGGUGUAGAUACUGUGGUAUGGAUGGACAUGGCAAAAUAUCUAGGCUCCAUUAUCAUCUUGCUGGUGUCUUUCGUCAUCCUAAGUGCACGAAUGUCCCUAAAGAAGUUUCUGCAAACGCAAAACACCAUAUUCUAAUAAAGAGAAGGCCCAGGAUGAAAAAGACUGGGCAGCAAGCUCCUCCACAGCCACAAAUUCUUGCGCAAUCCAGUGUAAUACUGCAGAAUAAUGGUCCAGCAUUUAGCAAUCCUCCACAAUUGCCAAUGAAUGAUUUGUCGAACGAGGUGCGUUCCAGUUACCCGACAAGGUUAAGGGACAAUGCAUGGGAACAUUCACUGGUUUAUGACAGAGAAAAAGGACAUUGGAAGUGCAAGUGGUGCAGCUUAGAGGGUUAUCAUGGUGUAACUAGAUUAGAGUGGCAUCUUGUUGGCUGGCAAAAUCGUCCUCAAUGCUGUAAAAUUCCGGAAGAUGCCGCUAAGAGGGUUAGGGACCAAAUGAUAUCAAGGGAAAAGAAGAAAGUGAGAAGAUCAGGUCCACAUGACGGUAUUGACAAUGGAGACAUGCUUUGCUCUUCUACGAGUUCACAAUUUGAUGAAGAGCAUUUCACUAUCGCAGUGCGGAAUAGUAAUUCUUCCCAAGCUUUUGAUGAAGCUAACAGAACAUCAAAUACAUGCAACACGUUAUCAAAUACUAUAUCCGGUUCUCAGCCACUCAUGGAGGGGCCUCAUGGAAUAUUAUAUAGUAACACAAACAAAUCUGAGAUGCUAUCUAGAAGAAGUGACUGUUGGAGUCACUGGAGAUAUGUUUUGAAUGGACUGAUGCAUUUGCAAGGUGUACAGGAGGGUGCUGGCAUCCAGAGUUGCAUCCGUGAUGUCCUCGACAGUUGCGCUGAAUUUGAAUCUGUCAGAGACAAAGUGGAAAUGGAUUCUGACAGAACAGUGUCAAGUAAUCUGGGUAUUGCUGAGUGCAAGAACGUUCUUGUGGACAUUUUGAGAUCAGAGGAUUUUGCGUUGCUAUGCAAUGUGCUUCGCAAAACUGUGCAUCAAGAUGAGGAAAGGACUAAGUAUUUCGAUUUUGGUGUGAUCGACUCUAGAAUGAAAAAUGGAGAGUAUGGGUGUACACCUGAAAUAUUCAAAGAUGAUUUAAAACUGUUAUGGGAAAAUCUUAAAAUGGCUGGCCAAGAUAUCAUUGACCUAGCAAAUAAUCUUUCAAGCCUCACAGAAGCCUCUUACACAAAUCAGGUUGGAAGACAAAGAGGAUCAGGUGAUGGUGAGGAGCAAGUCAAGGGAGUUGUGUUGGCCAGCUCUGAAUCCAAGAAACUGAUCGAAUCAGGUAUAUCAGUACCCUCGACCUCACAGGGAUGCCAACCAUUGGACUAUGCAGACCGAACAGAUAUUUCUGAUGUUCAAAAGGGCAGUGCAUGUGACCAAUGUGGCAAAGAGACGGGAGGUGUCAGCACCGUCAUAUGUAAUGUAUGCAAGUUAGCGUGUCACAUGUCAUGCAUUGAUCCUCCCGUAUCAUCCACGUCGAUGGGAAGCUGGUAUUGCAGAAGCUGCAGCAGUACCACCUGCAACGAAUCAGCUCAAGGAGGCAUGGCCCUUUAUGAACCGAAUUGCUUGCAUGGAAAUUGUGCCCUAUGCAAAAGACUUGAGGUGUGCAGGCCCCCAGAAUGCAAAGAACAGACAUCUGUUGGUACGUCAAGAGCAAUUGUGCAUUCCAGUAUUGAGGGCCGGCAACUGUCGAACAUUGGCCCCGGUGGUUCAUGCAAGAUAUGUGGAACUCCUGAAGAGGAUGCCAAGAGAUUCCUCAUAUGUGGUCACAGCCACUGUCCAUACAAGUACUACCACGUUUGCUGUCUGAAGUCUAAACAGAUUGCUAGCGAUAUGCAGUGGGACAAACCGUGCUGGUACUGUCCAUCAUGCCUUUGUCGAGUUUGUUUUUCUGACAGAGAUGAUGACCUGACCAUUCUGUGCGACGGCUGCGACGAGGCUUAUCAUCUGUACUGCAUAACACCUCUCCAUACUUCGAUACCCAAGGGGAAGUGGUAUUGCCCGUGUUGUAGCGUGGAGAGAGCAAAGGCGGGGAUGAGACGGUACGAGAAGAAGAUGCUGAAGCACCACCGCAAGGAUGAUGCUAGGCUGGAAAGUAGGAAUUUCGAAGCGGUGGAUUUGCUGCUUUCUGCUGCGGAGAAGCUGAGGGAGGAUGAGCAACUGGUGGCUUGUACAGAUUACUAGAGAAGGUAGAUAUGGUGUGGCCUCGUUCUUCUUCAGUUCUGUGACUGGAACACACUCGAAAGUCUUGCUGUUUUCAAGUGUGUUUGCUUGCAAGAAAUUGAGUUGCACACUUAUCUUCAGAAUCCCCACCACCGGUUUUGGAUCAAGCUGCUCAGCACCAGAAUGGCAUGCGAUGCUUGACCAGCAGAGGAUAAGCAUCCUGUAGGAAGUUGGUUAGUUGGGUUUAUUACUUAUUUUGAGCUACUUUCUCUGCAGCAAAACUUGAAGAGAGCUUGGGUGUUCCUGUACAAUGUUAGUGUUGUUGAAUGAAGUUUGUUCAGGGAUAGGUCAAAGAGUGACGUAUCAUGAUCUUUGAUAAGCAACGCCUUGGUUUUAUUUUUCUCAAAAAGAAGGAUUACCCCA